AUGCUACAUGAUCGUCUGGAGGAUUUGAGCACCUCCCAGGGUGCGGCAAUUCGGUAUUUGCUCUCUGCGGUGUCCAAAAAUACCUUGCAAACUACCUUGUCAUCGUUGGAGCAAUUUACCAACAGAGGUAUUGAGUGCCACCGUUUUAUUAUAAUGUGCACAGUCGGAUCGGUUCUUUCAAACCGAAGUGACGAACGCCUUGCAUUAGCUGUUAAGCUUGUCACGGUUGCGUUAGACAGACCAAAUGCACUGUCUCUAGUGGCAGUUGCUCUCGAUGAAGCUCCUAUCACCGUGACGAAUAAAUUCUUGACAAACUUUAUGAACAACGACCUUAAGCUUUCACCAAUACAUCAACUUCAGUUUGCAGCAGCCUUGGCAAUCGGUAGCGCGACCGCCAAAUUGGCUGCUACGGAAUUCCUCGAAGACCUCAACGCUCCACUGACUACUCACAGAGAGGAGGAUAACAGCAUGCGUUCCAUAGCGGUGUUGAUUCGUCAGCUUGGUACGAUGCCAUCCUUAGACUCUCAGCUGUCGCCAUUGUCUAGCGUUACUCUGUUCCCCCCAACGCCCCACCACGCCACCCAUGUAAGCGUUUCUGAUGUCUUGCGCGAGCUUGGUACUGGUUGUGUGACCACGCUGGCCGACUCGCGCGAAUUGCUCUCUAUUUUCCCUCACAAGUUCACCGACCGAGAUGUGGCGGAUGUCCUGGGAUUCUUCGCUUCUCAGGGGAAUGCACCGAAUGACGGCACCACCUAUACCUCCUUGAUGACGGCAUCCGGCAAGACGGCCCCCAAGAGUGUCAGUGGUAAUAACACCGUCGUGAAUGCCAUGCCACUGUUGGAUGCUAUGCACGAGGGAAGCAACCGUUUCGAUUGGGACAAUAUCAUUCGUCUACUGGAUCAACCUGGUGAGGAUUCUUUUCGUCUCAAAAGUAUCUCUGUUAUAUUCGAUGCCUAUCACCGCUUCAAACAGGGAGGUGAUUACCCCUCAGUUGCGCUCUUUCUGGGCCUCUGGAAAAACCCUGGGAGACAACGUAACGCGCUCGAAUACAUAUUGCGACACUUAGACAAAGUGAACCGUAAAGGACUUACACUGGAUGCACCGAGUGAGGUCUUGCCAGGCAUUAAACCAGCAGGCAUGACUGCAGUUGAGAUGGAUUUGUGGCGUUCAUUUGCCUUUGUAGAAGCUGCCGUUCACGUAGCAGCGCGUGACAAGGAUUUCCACAAUGAUGUAUUCCGCCCCGCAGUAGAAAAGUUACCGUUGUUGUUUCUUUUCACACUCUUCUUCGGCACAUAUAGUGGUACAAUAGAGAAUUUCGUUACCAUAAAAUACAUCCUCAACAGCUGCUGCCCUCCUUUGGAUCAUGUAGCUACUCAUAUUAUUCCUGAAGCGGAGAAGCGUAACCGCUUGGAUUCUCUCAUCAGCAUGUUCUCAGAACUCACUGUUUCGUCUCAAAAUCGUAUUGUAGAUGUCCUAGGAAUGAUUUUCAAGUGCAAAUCCGUCAUAAAGCGUUUUCUUAAGGGAAGUGGUAGCCCACGGUUGGUAGUUGCUAUCGCCAUGUGUAUGGAUGAAGCGGGUGAACCAAGCGACAAGUGGCUCCAGAGAGCUCUUGAGGGAAAGCUGCAUUUUCGAGCGAGCUGUACUGAAAACCGUUUUUCAGUUGCUAUGGGCAUUGUAGAGGUGGCAGAGAUGCUGCAGGAAAAGCAGAUGUAUGUAGCGAGCGCCACUGCUGCGCUUAACGCGUUAUUGGCUUCUCCCCUGAAGGAUAUGCUUAAAAGUGUUGUGGAGUGCGCGCGUGGACUAUUAGCCUCGACAGAUUCACUUUUUCCCGAGGAUGUCGAGGCCGAAGCGACAGAGUUCUUCAAAACCAUGCACUCCACCGUGUCCACGGCAAAUGCUAUUACGUACAUUGAAUCUCUCCUCAAAAGCGACAAUGCACGCGACCGCCAGCUCUACGCAUGCAUUGUUGGCAUCAUGUUUGACGAGAGUUUGGUUAUUGGCUGUUACCCUCGGAAAGAACUGCAGUUGUUUGCUGAACUGUACGGUCAGAUGAUUGCAAAGGAGUUACUCCCUCCGAAUCAGCAGCAACGUGCGUGGGGUUUGUUGCUUCCUGCUAUAGUGAAGCCAAGCAGCUACGCCGUUGAGGAGUACGGUUUGAUUGCCUUGGAAUACAUAAAGCCGCGUUUAGCGGACUGGCCGCAGUACGGUCGUGCGCUGCGACACCUAAAGGAUCUAGAUUUCCGCGUUCCUGGGAUCAUGGCUGCUAUUAAUCGUGGUAUCAAGCAGGAAGAGUCCUCCAAAAAUGCUGAGACGAGCUCAGGGACUGACCAGCGCUCCACAGGUACCAACUCAGUGCAGUUAAACAGCCUCCCCAUCGUUGAUUCUGCCAUUGUUUCAGUCACGAAGUCGGAUGGGACCUCUAUGAAGCAGCAAUCUGUGGCGUCUAAGUUUCAUACGCUGGAUAUUGCCACUUUGAUCACGAACAAGAACGUCACAUCGCCACCUCGCGUUAUUCAGGAGCAAAUGAAUUUUCUAAUUGGUAACACUGACGUACACAAGUUGGAAAGCAAUGUAAAGGAGCUUUCACAGUUGCUACGUCCUGAGUAUUACGAGUAUUUUGCUGACUACUUGGUUGUGAAGCGGGCUGCACUGGAACCAAACUACCACAGCAUUUAUAUCGAGCUCGUCUCCAAACUCAACUCCAAAGUUCUUGAUCGUGCUCUUCGUGUUGCUACCGUUUCCGCUGUUAAACGUCUUUUGGUUUCAGAUUCGUUCCGUACCGACUCUAGCGACCGUGUUCUGCUGCGCAACCUCGGAUCUUGGUUGGGCAGCAUCACCUUAGAGAAGAGUAUUCCCAUCCUUCAGCAAGACCUCAGCUUUAGGGAUCUCCUCCUUAAGGGCUUACGCGAGGGGAAGCUUGUCGCUGUUGUUUCGUUCAUGACGCGUGUGCUCAACAAUUGUGCGCGGUCCCGCUUCUUCUGCCCUCCAAAUCCAUGGACCAUGGCUCAGCUUUGUCUUCUACUGGAGGUUUACCAGCUCAAACACCUCAAAAUGACACUGCGGUUUGAGGUUGAAGUGCUUUGUAAUAAAUUGGAAGUGACUCUAUUAGAUGUGGAUCAGUACAUGAACAUUCAUCAAUCUAAUUCAACCACUACCGAGCACAUGGCGGAUGCUUUGAAAGAUGUCGAUAUCAGCAAAAGUCCAGAUUUUCGUAUUGGAGAUGACAAUGUUUUACCAGAACAGACCCAACAGUUGUCCCCCAAUGUACAACAAAACACAGCUCAGCAACAGGCACUUCGCACUGGCGUACGUCCCUUGCAGGCGAGUGCGGAGCCUUUCCAGCCCAAGGAUGUGAGUCUGAACCAUAAUGUACAGGAGAUAGUUGACCAGCUUGACAUCCCACGGCGGCCACAGAUCCUAAUUUUACCUGAAACGGUUUACGUUCGAGAUGAAGAGCUGCAGAUCGUUGGUGGCCGUAUAACAGAGUAUCGCCAGCUGCUUGCUUCUAUGCUGCGCAGUGUUGUUGAGGAGGUUUACAAUAACGAUGUCGCACGCUCCGAGGCUGUGGCGGUACUUUCGACAUAUAACAUCGUGACCAAAGAUUUUACACGCGACAUAACUGUUGAGGAUAUGAUAAUGGCUGGUGAGGCCAUGGCGCGUUCACUAGCGGCUAGCCUUUGCUUCGCGACUGUCCGUGAUGUACUUCCAUCACUUCUUAUGAACGGAGCGACCGCCUUGGAGGCACGCUUUGUUGACCGUGCCUCUCAGCAGACUGGAGUGCUGCGUAACGCUAUCUUGGCAAGUAAUGAGGAACUGUGCAUCCGAGCACUCGAAUACAUGGCUAGCGAGGGAGCUGCUAAAUCACUGAACGCAAAGAUAGCGGAUGUUGUUCGCGAGAAACUCAUGGCGACCGCCAACAACACGCCCUUGCGCAUUCCUACCGAUCAGGCUGAGGUGGCGGAACUACUGCGUGUGAUGGGGGACACAUUAGUACCACCGUGCCGCAUGCCUCAAUACCAGAAAGAUAUUUACGGUGAAUUCUUUAACUGCAUGCCCGUGGUCUUCCUAUUUAAUGCUAGCUUGCGCAGUGUUGAAGAGGCAAUUUCCAAGUACUACUCUACUGAUAAAUGCGUCCCACUGGAUCUAAACACUGCGCAUUUCAUGGAGGACAACGUCAGUGAAGGUCACGGUGUAAUCCGUCAGCGCAUUUUGGGACUUCUAACCAUUAUUACUCCAGAAUCCGCUAUCUACUUAAUAAAUCCUGUUUUCAAUAAGGUUAUGAUGCUUGCGAGCACGAUUGAUCGCUUGAACAAGGAGAUGAAUAGCAUAAAUAAAAAUAACCAAAUUCAUCCACAUGAUCCGUCCGUAGCGGCGGAUGUCAGUCCUAACAACCGCAAUAUGCAGAUCGCUAUGUUAGUGCAUCAAAUGUAUAUGUUGACCUUGCAGAACUGCAUCGAACGUGGAGGGGAAUCGGUGCGUGCGGAGUUCAAUCGUCUAUAUUUCAAAAGUCCGCAGCGUUACAACUACCACAAAUUAACUGCCGAUCUUAUGCGCAUCAAGAUACUCAACAUUGCACGUCUGGAUGAGGACUUGGCCAAAACUCUUACCUCGGGGGCACCUAAUUACGUCAAUUUUGCAGGAGAUAUCAUUAGUGCAGUAAUUAUCAAGGAUAAGGUGGUUUCAUCUAAGGACAUGAGGCGCACGUUAACCGCACUCGAUACAAUUGCCUAUUCUCGAAACAACAUUCGAACCUCACCCGUCGCCCCAAGUCCUGCCUACGUCACUACGCAGCCCUUAAGCAAGUUGGUGGAUCCUUCCGUCACGAAGCUUUUGGUCCCCAUUACACUCUUUGACGACAAACUUGAGCUCGUUGACGGAUUACUUGAUGAAUGGAUUCAGAUCUGGUCGCGAUCUAAGAGCCAUCGACACUCGAGUGAUGAACGGAACCCGUCAGUGGAGUUUGUCAAAACAUUGCAGUCUAAUGGUUUGCUUGACACCACUAGCUUGUCUAUGCUCCUUGGCCUCAGCAUUCGCCUGUGCGUGGAGCACUAUGCGACCGUUUCUCUCGCAUUGGAGCGCGAGAACCAGGAUAUGGUUGAGAGAGAGCCCAUUGGCAACAAACCAGGUGUUCCCCCUCCAUACCGUGUACCCUACUCUAUCAAACUCUUUCUUAAGUGCGACGGCUUCACAGACAUGGUGCUAGUGCUGCUUCGGUGCUGCUCUCUUCGAUAUGAAUCUUCCCGCGAGCAGCGGGCCGAGAUCACGUUGCUGCGGCGUGUUCUAGAGUUAUUCCUUCGCGUUAUCACAAACCAUCACAAUAAUGUGGCCUCACGGCAGUUUCCCCAAACUAAACUUCCACCUAACUGUGCCUUCAUUCCAUAUUUCCAGCAGCAGCCCUACGUGCGCCUGAUCAGUAAUCUUAUGAUAGCUAUUCAGCGCCAGGAGUCGUCCAGUCGUCGAGAAAUGCCCGAUGACAUCACGCAAGCUUUCCAAACUAUUUUACACCGACUUCAGCCUUGCCAGUACCCUGCCUUUGCUUUUGGUUGGCUGGAACUCGUGGCGCACCGAACGUUUAUUCCGCGCUGUCUGCGCCAACAAGAGAUGUGGAGUCACUACACCGAAUUGCUCAUCGACGCCCUGAACUUUAUCGAGUUCCUAACUCAGGGCGGUGCCAUCUCUUCAAAUGGUCUUGUGUUUUACAAAUCCGUCUUCAAGCUCAUCCUCGUCCUACUACACGAUUAUCCGCUAUUCCUUAUUGAGUACCACUAUCCGUUAUGCGAUGCCAUUCCACCAUACUGUGUGCAGAUGCUUAAUACGGUCCUGUGUUCCUUUCCUCCUGAAAUCCGUCUGCCGGAGCCAUUUCAGCAGGUCACCAAUGACACGCCCGAUAUGCUCAAGCUGCUUGGUACGAAGGUGCAGACUGAGUGUAUCAACGCCACCUUCAACGAGUUUAGUAAGGAGUUCGAUCUGACAGUGCUCACUCAAUAUAUGUCCAAGGACGAUGAGCCAAUGCCUGAGAACGACAUGAAAAUGGUGCUGAACUGUCUUUUAAAUACGACACGCUGGUCGCUAAUGAAUGCAAUCGUGCUGCAUGUAUCUAUUACAUAUUUGUAUACACAUAACAACACAAUUCCGGCUACUUUCAGUAAUUCCAAUCCUAUCCGUUUGUAUCGCUACCUUUGCAAGAACUUUAGUACAAAGCAUCGUUAUCACUUUUUCUGUGCCUGCGCGAACCACCUACGAUAUCCGAAUAUUCAAACAAACUUCUUUUCCAAAGUGAUCUUCGCCUUAUUCUUGCCAAGUCCCAAUGUGGACAAUCACACUCAAAUUUGUAUUCAGGAGCAAAUUACACGCGUGGUAGCGGAAAAGACAGUUAUUGUUCAGCCACACCCUUGGGGUGUGCUCAGUACUUUUGUAGAGCUUAUGCGCAACCCUAAGUUUAAGUUUUGGGAAAAGAGUUUUAUUCAUACCCCUUUCUUGGACCAAAUUUUCAUAAAGUUGCGUCGGACACUGGAAGCGCGUAGCGCGAGUGUGGCCACAAGCAACAAUAUCCCAGCAGCCACAGUGUCCAACACGAAUCCCGUUGCACUUUCCUAAUCACAACAAACGAUGUUAAAGAAAUAAUUUAGAGAACAAUUUAGCAGACAAUAAGUCCGUUUUCACUCCAUUUCAGACCGAGGAAGUGUCCAUAUUUAGAGUUUAUUAAUUCCUCGUUAAUUCAUUUUGACACUUCUCUCUUCAUUUAUUGCUAAUUAUAGGAUUUUUUCAUCAUAUGAUUUCGUAUGAUAUUUUUAUUUUACAGACAUGACAUUUGACAAUGGAGUCUCUGUUUAUUUGUUGUUUCGCCAUUUUUCUCUUUUAGGGCGUUUUUUCCCUUUGUUAUUUAGAGUGACAGAUAAAUAAAAUUGUCAUCUGACAUAUCAAUACAAACAUUUUUUGCUCCACAUUGAGGCUGGGCAUUAUUUUAAAUUGUUAAUGGCUUUAGUUUUAGGCAGGUUAAGGGUUUCUUUACAGCACCUUUCUAUACACCACCACUUAUUGGUACUACAAAUGAAGAAUUUUUAUUAUACCAUUUUGAUAGGUGUAAUUUUGCUUGUAAAGAUGAAAUUAUUCGUGUUUCCGUGAAUGAAACACACCAACCACAAACUUAAAAUAAUAUAUAACUUAACAUACUCAAGCAGCAACAAAAAAUAGAAAAAACAUAUUAUUUUGCUGAGUCUUCCAUCUACCCUAGUGGUUGUGGAGGAUGCUACACAUAUCUA